GCACGGUAGGAAGGAUGACGAAUAAUUGCGAAUCCAUGCAAUAAAAGCAACAGCGAUGGACCUCUUGUUAGCAAGACACUACUAGACCAACCCCCACGACCAACAUGACGGUUGGAAUGGAUUAUCAUCAUGCGGACGGCAGCGGCCACGCUGCGCACACCAACAGCCACAGCAAUGGCAUUGACCACCAGGAGCGUGCAACCUGGAAAUCACCAUUAAAGUCUGACGGAUUCAGCACCCUGGCUAUCCACGUCGGCUCUGAACCAGAUCCCAACACUGGCGCCGUCAUUCCUCCUAUAUCCCUGUCUACGACAUUUGCCCAGUCCUCAGUUGGCGUCCACAAGGGAUACGAGUACAGCCGGUCCGGAAAUCCCAAUCGAGAUGCGUUGGAAAAGCUCCUGGCAAGCUUGGAGGCUGGGGGAGGUGCAGCCCUCGCUUUUGGCAGCGGAAGUGCAGCGACUGGUGCAGUACUCGCAGCGAUAGGCAAGGGCGGGCACGUCCUCAGCGUGAACGACGUUUACGGCGGAACUUGGAGAUACCUGAAGCGUGUAGCAGGAGAACUCCAGGGCGUUGAGACGACGUUUGUUGAUUUGGAAGAGGCGGCUGAGGAGGAGAUUUAUGGUUCGAUAAGAGAUGAUACCAAGCUGAUAUGGAUUGAAACACCUACGAAUCCUACACUACGUGUGGUCGAUAUACCAGCGAUAGUAUCCAUCGCCCGACGGCAUCCGUCCAAACCGCUAGUUCUCGUCGACAACACAUUCCUUUCCCCCUUCUACUCGUCUCCCCUUAUCCUCGGAGCCGACCUUGUCCUUCAUUCAUUAACAAAGUACAUUAAUGGUCACUCGGACGUCGUCAUGGGUGCUGUCAUCGUUCCCCCUCAUCAUACCCAGCUCAUCGAACGACUACGAUUCCUCCAAAACGCCAUGGGCGCUGUCCCGAGCGCGUACGACUCCUGGUUGGCUAUACGGGGUGCCAAGACCCUCGGCGUGAGGAUGCGCGCACACGGCGAGAACGCGCUAGCGUUGGCCAAGGUCCUUCAACAGCGAGAAGAGGUCGAGGAGGUGAUAUACCCCGGUCUGGCUACCCACAAGCGAAACGCUGUCGCAUGGAGAGGCGUCAGUGCUCACGCGAAGAAGUGGAUCAGCAGGACGACAGAUACCUCGGCAGAUGCUUUUGAUUUCCCGUAUGGAGGCAUGAUUUCGAUUAGGAUUCAUGGUGGCUACGCCGCGGCGGGCCGGUUCUUUGAGCAGCUGAGGCUGUUCACGCUCGCUGAGAGUCUUGGUGGUGUGGAGAGUCUCGCGGAGCAUCCGGCUGGGAUGACACAUUCUGGAUUGCCGGAGGAGCAGCGCCGGAAGCUCGGGAUAUCCGGUGGGUUGGUACGACUGAGUGUGGGCAUUGAGGAUGGGGAUGACCUCAUCACGGAUGUUGUUAACGCAUUAGAGAAGAGUCAGUAA